UCUGGAGUCCGAGGAUUGAUCUCCUGAUGCUGAUCUUUACUUUUGCCACGGCUUACGUUGUCCGGCUACUGAGCUGUUUAGCCAUUUAAACAAUCAUUACCACCAAAUAUCUAGAUGUUUUUAGCUAAUUAAAGGAAGCAUGAAACAGAUUUUUGCAGUUUUCUUCAUAACCUUCGCCUGUUACGCUUUGGCCAAUGCAUUCUUUAGUCCCUACUGUCAAGAGAAUGCAACCUGCGUCAGGGGUUGCUCGUGGGGCCUUGAGCGUGGUUUCAACGGCGUGGCGAACCGCGUCCUGCCCGGUCACGACCACCGCAACCUGACGGUAGCUUCGCCGGUCCUGUGCGGCAGGGAGUGUCUUAUCGAUGAUCGCUGCUUCUCUUUCCACUACUCGGAGGGGGAGAGGCGGUGUGAGUUGAACGGGGCCACAGCGUCGCGAUACCCGAUGGAACUCAUUGAGAUGGAGGGUAUCUUCUACUACGGUCCGGAAGAGCCAAAACUUGUUCAGCUCCUGGCAUCCGGAAAUAAAACAGGCAUUCCUAGCCUGACUGACUGUUGGUACCACACUCACGCAUCAGCCGCCUCCGAGUGUCGUAGGACCGGCCAACACCUCUGCCUUCAGUGGGAACUUGACCACGCCUCUAAGGAGGGCUACCCGACCACACCUCCCUCAUGGUACGCUGAUCCUGACAGCCUGGCCGUGCUGAACGAGACCGGAGUGACCUACCACGACCUGCCGCUGACCGCCCCGUCUCCCGGCUUGUGCUGCUCCCUCCCGAUGACCUACCGAGACCCAGUCAUCACUCCCAAGAGCUACGAGCUCGCAGACCGUGCUGGGCAGGCCAGAGGUUGUUCCGACCUGGCAGCUCAUCCCUGCACCCUGGCCGAAUUGAAGGAGGCUUACGACCACGGCUACCGAAGUUUGUACUGGGGCUACUUGGCUACACCAAACCGUCACGCAAUAGUUGGAUGCCAUCAUGGCGACGAUUGUUACCAAGGUACCAUAGCAAACACACCAAGACCAAACGAGCGUGCGCAAGUGUACUGCUGCCCAAAUCGUACCUAAUACCACGUGUCUCGGCCACAUUUGCUCUUU